UAGCGUGAGUCGAGUGGGUCGUGUGGAUACUGAAGCCGCGGCCAGAGUUUUAUAUUCAUAUCACACUUUUUAUUUAUCGUACAUUUAUUUCAGAGUUUGAGAUGUUCAACAGACAGACGAGUCUAUGGAUGGGUGAUCUGGACCCAUACAUGGAUGAGAGCUUCAUUAAGCAGGCUUUCAGCACAAUGGGAGAGACGGCAUAUGGAGUCAAGAUCAUCACCCACAGAAUUACAGGGGGUUCGGCGGGAUACUGUUUUGUGGAGCUGGCUGACGAGGCAAGCGUCGACCGCUGUGUCCACAGACUCAACGGAAAACUGGUACCUGGAUCAAACCCGCCCCGGAAGUUUAAACUAAACUAUGCCACCUACGGGAAAAGGCCGGAGGCAGGGCCAGAGUUCUCAGUGUUUGUGGGCGACCUGGCCUCUGAGGUGGAUGACUACCAGCUUCACCAGGUCUUUAAGAAGUACCCUUCGUGCAAAGGAGCCAAAGUAGUCACCGAUCAGUACGGCAACUCCAGAGGCUAUGGCUUUGUGAAGUUCGGGGAGGAGAGUGAACAGAAAAAGUCCAUUGAGGAAUGCCAGGGGACGAUGCUGGGCGGCAAACCACUGAGGCUCAGUAUUGCCGUAGCAAAGACCCAAAAACUGAGCAGCUACCACGGUGGGCAGGCCCAGAACUAUCAUGGCAGCUACAAUCAGCAGCAGUCUGGUUAUUAUGGCAGCCAUAACAGCGGUGGACAGGGGGGUUACUACCCCCAGUGGGGCGGCUAUGACCAGUAUGGUGGCUACGGCAACAAUGGCUACAACACUGGGUAUAACAGUGGGUAUAAUUACAAUUAUGGACACUAUGGUUACCCCCCACCUGGGCACAUGAUGGGGCCACCACCACCUAUGGGGGUGCCACCGACGUCAUCUGACAUGUCAGGAGCUGUAGAGAGCCACGAGGUGACUGAAGAUGUGGAAGAGGACAUUGGAGAAGAGACUAUUCCUGAAGUAGAUGUGGACCAGUGUAACAAAGAUUUCAUGCAGCGCAGUGAGGAGCUGUACGACGCUUUGAUGGACUGCCAGUGGCAGCCACUGGACUCGGUCACCUCCGCUAUCCCUUCCCUCUCCUGAUGCCUCCAUUCCCCUCCUUCCUCUAUGGAGCCAUUUUGUCUCCCCAUAUCACCCAAUCCUCCUACGUGUCUUUUCUCCGGCUCUCCCUCCUCUUAUGAGCUUUCACAAUGUCACUGUAACACUGUUGAAAAUUGUAAAAUACACAGUGUACUUAAUUCCUGGCUUUAAGUGUUGGUGUGUUUGCUAUGUUAUUUAGGAAAUGAGUAAUGUAGCAGUGCAAGUGCAUUACACAUACUGUGGUGUUUUCUGUAGGACUUUCCCUUUGCUCAGUCUUUUGUACACCACCACAGAGGUGAGAGACUGACAGUCAGUGGGGUCAGUAUUGGGACAGCGAGCUAUAUUUGCAUUUUGAUUUGUCAACACAUCUACAGUGAAUGUUGAAUUUGAGCAAAAUGAGCCAGCUGGUGGAGGGGUAUCAAUGUUAAACCAUGUGACAACAGAUCUAUCUGCACUGUUCACUAUCUCAAUACUGGAUUGAGUCUUGUUGGUUCUCUAUCUUGGAACAAUGUUAAAAUGAAAAAACCAGCACUAUAGGCUAACUGUCAGCCAUCGCAUCUUUUGAUUAAUUGAUAUGCACAAUGUUUUCCCUGUUUGGAUACAGCCGUAAAUCAGUAGCAAAGUCACUUAAAACAAUGCCUUUUAUUUGCCAUGGCUGCCAGGUAGCUAGUUUGUAUAUACUGAGUUUCAGUUUUCCAGUGUUUGAGUGUUUUCCUUUUUGUUUUUUUUGUUUUGUUUUAUUUUGUUGGAGGAAUACAAUGACAAUACCCCGUCCCCCACAAUCUUAUUUUCUCUACAGAUUUUAUUAAAAUUUGUGUCCUUUUUGAAAAGCAAAAUUGAUCAUAUUGCAUCAUUUCUCAUUGCUAAGGUUAAUUUAUGCUAAAUAAUUCAUCACAAUGUUUGAAUAAAAGAAAGUGUUUCUUUAUUUGGUUUUAAGCAGAGCGACACUUUGCCGGAGUACAUUGAAGUGUUUAUUUGGCUGUAUCAGAUACCAAGAAAUCAUCAUUUGCUAUCUGAUAGGAGAUAUUUUGUAUUUGCUUUGUCUGGAGAACUUUUAUCAAUAAAACUGAUUCAGAAGGAAGAUGGCCUUGUCUGCCCUGCUCAUUGCAGGAAAGUAAACAAUCAAUUGCUAGCUGCCUUUUCAGAGAAAAGUCAAAUAGAGCUUUUUAUUAUUGAACUGUCUAGACCAGUCAAAGACACUUAAACACAGGCAGAUGGAAACUGCAGUGUACAGUGAUGGCCAUGGUGGUGGCUUUUUCCAAAUAACAAUCUAAUGGAUUAUUUUAAAAUAAUACGAGGCAUCUCACCAUUAUUAAUUAAAGACCAGACACUUGGGGUGGGGCGCCCUGGUGGAGUGCAUACCACAUUAGACAGUCCUUACCACAGCAGCCUGGGUUUGAAUCUGGCCUGGGCCCCUUGCUGCAU